AUGGUUCGAAAAAAUGAUAAACCUUUACAGCAAGUGGUGAGACGGUGUGAAGAACAAUUUGUACCCAACAUCUUAGUAGAUAAAGUUGAAAAUGAAAAUGAUUUAAACCAGAACUUUCAAUUGUUGCAUAGUGACGGUCCUCUAAUAGAUGGAACUUCUUCUCCUCAAUAUAAAAUACUAUUAUUAGAUCAAAUUCAAAUUAAAACCUAUUCUGCUCCUAAUUCAUAUGUUGGUUUGAAAAUAGAAAAUAUAUUUAUAAUUAUUAAAAUAGUAAAUAUUUGCUAUAGUCAAGAUCUACAGAAGUUGAUUCUAUUAGGAAGACAAUUUGAAAAAAUUGGUAGCUUUUUUUCCAAACCAUUAAAAAGUGAACAAUUAGGCAUUUAUAAAUUAGAAAAAUUCUCUAAGCAAGUAAAAAUUUGGAAUAUUGAAAAUGUGGUGACUAAAUAUAUGAUCCUAACAAUUAACGACUUAAACGUUGCAUAUCCAAUCAUUCAUUUUAAUAACAACUAUUAA